CAUCUAUUAUGGCAUGUAGUAAAGUUUAUAAGCGAAAAACGUUUUAUAUCCUUAUAAGUAUACUGUUCGAGUUAAAACGUAAUGACUAAAUGAAACGUUUGAUAGAUAUAUCUUAGUCAUAAACGCUGUUCUUUAUUCUGUACGAGGAAUUUAUUUAUUUCCAUUCUCAAGUGCAGUAUCUCGUUGGUCUUUCAAGAGAUAAUACAGUAUGGAAACAUGAGAAGUGAAAAUACUUGAAGUUUAAAUGACAUUACGUUUUCUUUCACGUUCUAUGAAGUGAAAAAUUCAUUUUUGUUAUACGUCUAACAUUUAUUUAUUUCAAUGCAGAUUUAAUAUAUAGAUUUAUAUGCAUACAAUGAGUGUGAGAUUAAAUUUUUAUAAUUACAACAAAAUAUCCGUCAUUAAUGGAUUAUUGAAACGUUGUAUAAAAACUGUGCCAUAUUCGAUCGAAACAAACGAUAAUAUAACAACUGUUCGCUCUUAUGACGAUAUACCUGGACCAAAACCGAUAUGGUUAAUAGGAAAUACUUUUAGAUUUAUACCUUUUAUCGGCGAAUUUGGAAAUAAGUCGUUUGUAACACAAUUAAAAAUGCUUCGUGAUCAAUAUGGAGAUAUAGUUAAGAUAGAUGGUUUGCCAAAUAAGCGUAAGACCAUUUUUAUAUUUUCUUCAACAUUAAUUGAAAAGGUAUAUCGUACAGAAGGUCCAUGGCCGCAAAGGAUCGCCAUGGAAUCGUUACAUUAUUAUCGCAUAAAUAGAGAAUGGAUUUAUAAAGGAAAAUAUGGUUUAACAACGAGUCAAGGUAAAGAUUGGUAUGAUUUUCGGACAAAAGUUAAUCAACACAUGAUGCAGCCACGUGUUAUUAAUCCACAUAUUGGACAAAUGACUGAAAUUGCUAUAGAAUUUAUACAAAAAAUACGAGAAGAAUUAAGAAAUCCUAUUACGUUGGAACUACCUACUUCGUUUAAUAACGAAAUGAAUAAAUGGGCACUAGAAUCAAUAUGUGCAAUCGCGUUAAAUCAUCGAUUGGGCUGUUUAAAAUCUAAUAUAGCUGAAGAUUCGGAACCUCAGAAAAUGAUCGAUAGCAUACAUGACAUGUUCAAUCUUAUGUUUCGUUUAGAGCUAAUGCCGUCCUUGUGGAGAAUAUAUAACACGCGUACUUUAAAAAAGUUUUUCAAUGUUCUAGAUACUCUUAAUGGAAUAGCAAUUAAAUAUAUUACUCAGGCGAAAGAAAAAUUACAUAAUGAAACGACAUCCAAUACGCGUGAACGAAGCGUAUUAGAUAAACUUUUGUUUAUUGAUGAGCAAAUUGCUUAUGUAAUGGCAUUAGAUAUGUUAACUGCUGGUGUUGAUACGACAAGUAAUACAUGCGGAAUGUUAUUGUAUCAUUUAGCAAUGAAUCCACGAGCUCAAGAAAAAUUGCACAAAGAAAUCAAGUUAGCAUUACCUGAUAAAGAAUCACCAAUUACGGUAGAAACUAUGAAAAAGAUUCCAUAUUUAAAAGCAUGUCUUAAAGAAUCUCUUAGACUAUCACCGAUCGCCAUAGGUACUCUUAGAACCAUACGAGAUGAUAUUGUUAUAGGUGGAUAUAAUAUACCGAAAGACUGUGAUAUUAUAUUAGGACAUUCAUUAUUGGCACUAGAUCCUAAAGAAUUCAAAAAUCCAGUUGAGUUUAUACCGGAAAGAUGGAUACGAGGAGAAACAGCAUUUCCAUCAGCAAAAAACGCUCAUCCGUUUUCUUACAUGCCAUUUGGUUUUGGAGCUCGUACAUGUAUUGGUAGACGAUUUGCUGAGUUUGAAAUUGAAAUUUUAGUGUUAAAGUUACUACAAAAUUUCCGUAUCGAAUGGCAUCAUUCACCUUUAAAAUUACACAAUCGUUUAAUCAAUACUAUCGCAUCUCCAUUACAAUUUAAAUUAAUAGACUUGUAAUUGAAAAAAUAAGGAAUUAUUACGUGAGGUGGAUAAAGUGUAAAAGAGGAAUACUGAUAAUGACGUGGUAGAAAAAACAUGACGCAAAAAGAUAAAGUCAACGUAAAGGUAAAAGUCAACGUUUAAUUUAAUUAGGAAAUUAAAUAAAGUUUUUAGACUAUAAUUAUAUGGUCAAAUAAUAAAAAUUAAAUAAUAAUAGUAAUAAUAAAGCUUUAUUGCCAAAAACAUUUAUAAGUAAAUUUAUAUUUUUAUUGUAAAGAAUAUAACUAUUAUAAUUUUAUUAUAUACGUAUAACAUUGUACUGACUUAUAAAUGAAAAUUAAAUAAAAAAAACAAAAAAGGGUAGGUCCCACCGAGAUUUGAACUCGGAUCGCUGGAUUCAGAGUCCAGAGUGCUAACCAUUACACCAUGGGACCUUAUAUAAGUAUCAGUAAAUUUAACCCUUUUAGAUAAAGAUAAUAUAUUAUGUAUAAGAAAAAAUUAUUAAAUAUUAUUUUUUUGUA